UCCCGGUCAUCGGUCUAAAGAAGAACUAACAACUGAGGAUAAAUGCAUCACUGCGAUGUUUCUUCCGCCAAAUUGUACUGCACUGAUUCAACCAAUGGACCAGAAUAUCAUUCAGUUUGUCAAGCAAGACUAUAAGAAAAACCUACUUCUGAGAGCCGUAUCAAAAGACCAACCAACAGAAAAAACUUUAAAAGAAUUUAAUAUGAAAGACUUGGUUUUUGCUCUUUGUCCGUCGUGGAAUGCGUUACCGUCAUCAACUAUUAAAUCGCCUUGGAAAAAGUUAUGGCCAGAUAUAGUCACCACUCCUAGCAACGUUCCACAAAUCAGUGUUACUUCGGAAGUUAUAGAACAAGUCGCUACUGAAACACAGAUGAGUCCGGAAGAUUUGGAAAUCUGGUGCCGUGAAAUGGAUAAAGAGGAAAAUGUUUUUCAUGAAAUGUGUGACGAAGAGACUAUAAAAGAGGUUUCUAAUUAUAAGGUAAAGUCGGGUAAUAAGGCCGUGUUAGUGGAAAAUAUUUUUUAUUAAUGAAACUAAAAACGGUAUUAAGGCCAUCACAGUAAAAUAAAGGCGGGUAAUAAGGCCGGAUACUUCGAUGGUUAGCCCACCAUUUUCUUCAUGCACCCAUGUCUCACAGGAUGCACAAACUCUCAUAUCACCGAAGUGGCCAUGGUUGCAAACUCUACACAUCCAACUUUCUUGUGAUUCAGCACAACUGGUACUUGAAACACUAAAGGACUUUCUUGCAG